AUUAUCUAUCAUCGACGUUUAGCAGUUAACAUUUUGUUAAAUGUUCAAACAUUCUUAGUAAUAGUUCAAUACGUGAUCAAUAACGAUAAUAAAAAAUACUAUGUAAUACAUCGUUAGAAAAGAAUAAUUUUAUAUUGAACCAUAAUGAAGCUAAUAAUUUUUUGUUUACUAACAAUUUUUAUCAUCAAAUCCAAAUCCAUAGUAAAUAAAGAUAGCCCGGAUAUAAAUCUUGAUAUUAAUAUAACAGAAAGUCCAUUUGCGUUGUCCCUCAGACGGAAUGACAAACAUAUAUGUGGAGCAACAAUUAUUAGUUCAAACUGGGGCAUCACAGCUGCGCAUUGCGUACUUUUGCCAGUAUCAACAGCCAACUACUCUGUUCGUGCUGGAUCAAAUUACAGGAGUCAAGGAGGAUCUGUACAUAAAUUAGUUAACGUUAUUCACCACCCUCAAUAUAAUUCUAGUAUAUCUGACUAUGACGCAGGGCUCUUUAUGGUCGAACCCGAAUUUCAGUUCGAUAAUUCAACACAACCAAUUGUACUGCCUGCAUCAGAUGAGGAGGAAAAAACAGACACAAGUUGGGGUACUGCUGUUGGAUGGGGUGCAUAUCAGAUAGAUGAUGAGGAGAACUUAUCAGAAACAUUGAAGGGUGCUACGUUACCAAAAUUUGAUUGGAAUGAAUGUGAGGAUGCUUAUUAUCCGAUCUUCCCAGUAACUAAAAAUGAAGUUUGUUAUGGGUUUAAAAAUGGAACUCUAGAUACUUGCAAAGGUGAUUCUGGAGGUCCAUUGUUUUCCAAAGACAAAAUUUUUAUUGGUAUUACUUCAUGGGGAGAUGAAUGCGCAGAAUCUGGUUCACCUGGAGUUUAUACGAGUAUUCCAGUCAUCCGUAAUUGGAUAAAAAAUGUAACAGGUGUUUAAAAUAAUUUACUGUGAUAAAAUUGAUCUUUAAAUUUAU